CUUGAACACGGAAGUAGGAAUGGUAACGAGUUAUUUUUGUUCCCUUGUGUGGAGUAAAGAAAAUACAUACUGACUAAACAAAAUAGGCUACCCAGCUCUAAUUUGACAUAAAAUGUCUAAACAACAGUCGUUUCAUGUGUUUUUAAAUGAGCGUUUAACUUCGGCUGCUGUGGAUAUUUUCGGGGAAGUUGAGAAAACGGUAGUAGAAUACCAGGAAGAGAAUGAUCGGCUACGGAGACUGCUGCGGAGGACACCAGAGAUACAACUAUGUAGAAUAGAAUCCCUGCAGUUCUCUGUCUCUGAAGAGGAGGUUCCCCCUGAGCAGCAGCACUGUGAGCAGGAGUGGAGUCCCAGUCUGGGGCAGAAGGACCCAGAGACCAUACAGAUUAAAGAGGAACAGGAGGAAGUCAGGACCAGUCAGGAGGAAGAGCAGCUUCAAGGGGUGGAGCCUGAUAUCAUAGAGUUCAUAUUUACUCCUCCUUGUGUGAAAAGGGAAUGUGAUCAGGAGGACCCACGUCAAGAAGCCAUACUAGCUGAACACCCAACUCUCAGUCCACUGAAAACGUCUAAACUACAGUCGUUUCGAGAGUUUUUAAAUGAGCGUUUAACGGCGUUUGCUGCUGUAGAGAUUUCCGGGGCAUUUGUGAAAACCGUAGUGGAGUACCAGGAAGAGAAUGAUCGGCUACGGAGACUGCUGCGGAUCACACCUGAGAUACAACUAUGUAGAAUAGACUCCCUGCAGCUCUCUGUCUCUGAAGAGGAGGUUCCCCCUGAGCAGCAGCAUUGUGAGCAGGAGUGGAGCCCCAGUCUGGGGCAGGAGGACCCAGAGACCAUACAGAUUAAAGAGGAACAGGAGGAAGUCAGGACCAGUCAGGAGGAAGAGCAGCGUCAAGGGGUGGAGCCUGAUAUCAUGAAGUUCAUUUUCUCUCCUUCCUGUGUGAAGAGUGAAUGUGAUCAGGAGGACCAAACCCAGACUGUAGAGAACAGAGAGAGAGACUCUAAACCAGUGGAUCUGAAACCUUUUGGCACUGUGACCCACAUUAAGGGUCUCUACAUUCCCUGUGACCCUCCAGAUAAUCAAAACAAUGCCUCCAGCCACAGCUCAGCCGUAAGCAGCUACACAGUAGGACUUGAUAGCAGUCCACUAUUGGAGAAAACACUGUUCCAAACCCAGCACCACAUCUAG